CACCGCCGCCUCUGCAUGUUCGACUGCUAAUCAAUGGCCUGAAUGAGGUUAUACUGUGCCUCCACGAUACCCUUGCCUCCUCCACACCACCAAGGUCAGUCAGUAACGCAACAACACCCACAUCACUCCAGACUUCUGCUGGAGCUCACCCGCAUCCCAAGCGCCCCUCUCUCUUCGCGUCUGGUCAUUCUGCAGAGAGCGCUCGUUACGCCCGCCCGUCCUGGCCCCUGAACAGCGAUAA